GGCACCGCCGAGCCCCUGCUGCUCUCCUCCCCGGAGCACAGCGAGCGCUGGGGGCAGGUCAGCCAGGCCUUCGCCUCCCUCCUGGAUCUCACGCCGACCAUUUUGGACUGGUUCUCCAUCCCCUACCCUUCUUACAGCAUCUUUGGCACGAAGCGGGUGCAGCUCACCGGAAAGUCUCUCCUGCCAGCGCUGGAGUCGGAGCAGCCCUGGGCCACUGCCUUCAGCAGCCAGAGCCACCACGAGGUGACCAUGUACUACCCCAUGCGAGCCGUCCAGCACCAGCAGUUCCGCCUCAUUCACAACCUCAACUACAAGAUGCCCUUUCCCAUCGACCAGGACUUCUACGUCUCACCCACUUUCCAAGACCUGCUCAACCGCACCAGGGCCGGGCAGCCAACCCACUGGAACAAGACCCUGCACCAGUACUACUACAGGGACCGCUGGGAGCUCUUUGACUGCAGCCGCGACCCCACCGAGAGCCAGAACCUGGCCCCUGACCCCCGCUACGCCGCCAUCUUCCAGCAGCUUCGCACGCAGCUCUUGAAGUGGCAGUGGGACACGGGUGACCCCUGGGUGUGUGCCCCCGACGCUGUCCUGGAGGAGAAACUGAGCCCCCAGUGCCGGCCGUUGCACAACGAGCUGUGA